GGAAACAUCCCACGUGUCCUCGGCAUACCAUUAUCGUUCCGACCUGAGUAGUGUUCUGUCCUAACGAGAACGGAGAUGACGACUCUCGCCGGUCUGAUACGACGGCGUUUCCCAGUUCACCUGAAUUACGGCCGCGAACCGUCGCGUUAUCUCUUGAACCCGAGUCAAGGGAGAACUCGGUUUCUCGGCGGCGAGGCCGAGUCGAAUCGGUCCGAGUUUCCGGUGGAGAACGCCUACGAUAUCUUGAGCGUCUCCGAGACCAGCUCGAUCGCGGAGAUCAAGGCGUCGUUUCGCAGACUCGCCAAGGAGACUCAUCCGGACCUGAUCAAUUCGAAGAAAGAUUCAUCUACUUCGCUACGUUUCGUUCAGAUUCUCGCUGCUUAUGAGAUUCUUUCAGAUUGUGAAAGGAGAGCACACUACGAUAGGUAUCUCUUAUCCCGGAGAACGGUAGUGACGAAGCAAUCUAGACAAGGAGGGUAUACGCUUUACAGGUAUAAAGCGGGGUUGACACUGAGCGAGGAGAUGGAAGUGGUUGAGUGGCUAAAGUGGUACAGAGAAGCAAUACAUGACAUAGUAAUGGAGAAGAGAGUUGCAAGCGGUACAGGAGAAUACUUAGAUGAACUGGAAGAAGAUUUUUACUCAGCUGUCCGAGCGGCGUACUUCGGGCCUGACGUGGAGUCUGUGGAGCUUCUUCCUGAUUGUUUCGAAGCCGAGGAAAGGUCUGUGUACGACACCCGAGAGGUCUUGCACUUGGUGUCGGGACGGGAUCUUUUCGGUAUGGUCUGCUUGGUGGAUAACUUUCUUGAGCUGUCUUCUGCCUGCUCCAAGAAACUGGCUUUGUCGUCGUCGUCGUUUAUGGGUUCAGAGAUUGGUCAAGCUGUUGAGAAAGGAGACCAUGAUGAAAUGAUUGGUCUUCAGAUGUCUCAUAUACAAUCCUCCAGAAAGCAAAACCAUGUUUCGGAUGCGUACAAAGAUGUUCAGCUUCAUGUAUCAGGAAGAGUUGCUGCUACAGCCAUCCGAGUUCCUCCAAAACAAAAUGAAGGUGAUGAUCAGGAUCAGAUACACGUUUUCCUCAAUUCGGAUGAAGGAACUAGUCACGGCACUGAAAAUGAAAGUGGAGCCAAGCUUCUUGUUGGAACUGUAAGUGGUCUUGGGACAAGUCCAGAUGAAGGCUCAUGUUAUGUCUAUGAUGGGAAUGGUGUCAAGACUCAUGUGAUUAUGAAACACAGGACAUUUCUGGUGAGACACUUGCACUGGUACAAGAUUGGGGAGAAGGUUUCUAUUUGCGAGUGUAGAUGCAGUAGAGCAAAACUACCACCAAGCAAGUUCUGGUUGUUUGAGCCACGUUGUGGGUUGCAUGAUGUUGGAGGUUGGUAUAUUGAAACUUAUGGUAAAGAUAAAAAGGGGAGAACAGUCCACGCACAAAGAUUCUGGGAUGGACUUGAAGUAGGCGCUACAUUGGAUGGGAGACUGCACCCUGGUAUAUACUUGCUUACACUAGCCUACCGAACUCUUGAUCUUGAAGAUGAAAGGAGAAGGAAACGUUCAAUAGUGGGGAUCAUCGAGGCGAGGCUAUCUAAGACGUUGGAUUGGUGUAAGAAAUUUUUUAGGAGAAGGUCCGAGUGAAGAUCCAAAAUGAUUUUAAUUCACAUGGAUACAAAAGCCAGUAGCGAACUAAAGCUUCUCCAAAGGUUGGUUGGUUGGUUGGCUACAUGGCGCACUCGCAGAAUCCUAAGCUUAACUUAACAAGAAGAUAACAUGUGUGGGGGUGGGUUCUCUCUCCUGCCAUAAGACCAACAGAGCCGUGUCUUCAUUUUUACACCAAAUGUUGCAGUGUUUUCCUGAUCAAUGGCCAGUGGCCCAGAAUGGGUGGGACUGGCUGGGACAAGAGGCAAGAGGAGAAAUAUAUGGAAUGAUUUGUACUAAGAAGAAGUUGGAUUUGAUAGAGAGUUGUGUUUUCAAAGUGACUCAUGAGUCUUGUACAAUACUUCAGAUCUCAUGAAGCUAGUAGAUUCUCAAGUUUAGCUCUGUUAAAUGUGUGAGUUUAAUUUGUGAUCUGAUGUUAGUAACAUUAAUAAACUUGUUCAGUACUUGUGUUUUAACUACAUAAACUAAAUGUGUGAGUUUAAUUUCUGAUGAAUAUAUAAGGGAAUAUGCGUGAUUGUAA